UUAACCACUUCCCGUCCAGCCGUUGUAUAUAAACGGCCGGACGGUGGCAGUGCAGGGGGCGGGUUGCCGUUCAUAAACCGAGCCCACCAUUUUGGAGUGUGCAGUCUUCCUGGGAGCAACCGGCACCGAACACCGAUCACUGUACGGGACCUCUUGAUCACACGAAUAGGUGUAAGCAAGAUGUCACUUCUGACAUCAUUGCUUACUAUGUGUGAAAUCUGUGAAUGAUCAUAGAGAUCACAUGGUACAAGGCUUUUCACAACAGCCUUGUACCAUGUG